AUGAACAUAUCUGAAUCAGCACUACGGUGCCGUGUCAUCAGAUACCAUGUGCUCACUCUGGUUGGACUUGUGCGGAACAGUGGACCCUUGUGGACAUAUUUGCCAGAAGCUAUUGACCUGCCCAGAGUUGCUUCAGUGUGCAUAGAAACAGUAGAUCUUUGUCAGAAAGCAGAGAAGGCUGGUGUUUCUUGGAUUGCUGUCCAUGGUCGCACAGUGGACCAGAGGUGUGAACCAGUCAAUGUGGAAGCCUUGCGACUAGUGACAGACUCUUUAACUGUGCCUGUGAUUGCCAAUGGUGACAUAAGGAGUGUGGAAGAUGCGAAGAGAAUACAAGAGGUGACUGGUGUUAAUGGUGUAAUGGCAGCCAGAGGUAUAUUACAGAAUCCAGCAAUGUAUGCAGGAUAUGAUGCCACACCAGUACAAUGUGUCAGAGACUGGUUGGAUAUAGCAUUAUCGCAAGGUUUAUCCUUCACAACCUUUCACCAUCAUCUGAUGUACAUGCUGGAGAAAGUCAUGUCAAGGUCAGAAAGACGAUUGUUCAAUUCGUUGUCCAGCAUAACUGCAGUCCUGGAUUAUCUAAGGGAAUAUUAUGGGAUAGGAUGAUACUUAAAUGCUGGUACAUCAUAGGAUAUAAUUAAGCAAUGUGUAGGUGGU